AUGAUUUGCAAGGUGUUACUGUCCUUGCUGGUGUUAGGCGCGGCCAGGGCAGCUGACCCGGCGACGGGCAUCUACAACAUCGGCGUUGGUAGAUAUGAUAUCACAGGACCUGCUGCUGGAGUGAACAUGAUGGGCUACGUUAACCCUGCACCGAUCAAUGACGGUAUUCACAUUCGACUGUUCGCUCGCGCCUUCAUCAUCGACGACGACACCAACAGAUUCGUGUUCGUCAACACUGACCUGGGCAUGGCGACACAGCUCGUCAAAAUGACGGUUGUUGAAAGGCUGAAAAUUUUGUACGGGGGUAUUUAUACGACAGAAAAUGUGAUAAUUAGUGGAACACACACGCACUCUGGCCCGGCCGGAUACAUUCAAUAUCUCCUGUACCAAGUCCCGAGUCUGGGCUUCAUCGACCAAGCCUAUGAAUCUAUUGUAUAUGGAAUCGUCGAGAGCAUCAUUCAAGCCCAUAACUCCAUUACGACCGGUCGCCUGUACUACAGUUCAGGAGAACUCUUAAAUGCUAACAUCAACAGGAGUCCCUCAGCUUAUUUGAACAACCCAGAGGAGGAGCGAGCCAAAUAUCAAUACGACACCGACAAGACCAUGACGCUGCUCAAGUUUGUUGCUGAGGACGGUACUGAUUUGGGUAUGGUGAACUGGUUCGCUGUUCACCCUACUUCCAUGAACAAAACCAACACCCUCGUGUCGGGCGACAACAAGGGCUACGCUGAACAGCUUUUCGAGAAGGCCAUGGAUCCCGGUUCACUUGCCGGAAAGGGUAAAUUCGUAGGGGCGUUCGCCCAGAGCAACUGCGGCGACGUUUCACCCAACACGGACGGCCCCAAAUGCCAGGACACAGGCCUGGCUUGUGACAUCCUAACGUCCACAUGCGGAGGUCGCGUCAAGCUCUGCUAUGCCGCUGGGCCAGGCAAAGACAUGGAGGAAAGCACCGAGAUAUUCGGCACCAGGCAGUUCGAAAAAGCUGUCGAAUUGUACAACGAUCCUAAUGCCGUACAAGUCAUUGGCCCCGUACAAAUAAUUGGACAGCAGCUCGACAUGUCCAACUACACCGUGACGCUGGCCAACGGAACCGCGACACAGACUUGCAGACCAGCUUUAGGAUUUAGCUUUGCAGCUGGAGCCACAGACGGUCCAGGGGUUUUCGACUUUACCCAAGGAAUGACAGAAGAUAAUCCGUUCUGGACCAAAAUCGUCAACUUUGUGGUUGAGACGGAUCCAGAACAAAUCGUGUGCCACCAUCCCAAGCCAAUUCUGCUUGAAACUGGAAACUAUCACAGGCCGUACGAGUGGACGUCGGACAUCGUGGAGACGCAGGUCGCCAGAGUGGGACAGUUCGUGAUCGCUGCCGUGCCAGGGGAGUUCACCACCAUGUCCGGCAGGAGAAUGCGCGACCAAUUGUCAUCAGUUUUUGCGGAGGAAGGUGUCCCGGGUAUCGUGCCAGUGAUAGCAGGACUGUCCAACGUCUACACCCACUACAUCACCACGUUCGAGGAGUACGCGAUCCAGAGAUACGAAGGAGCCAGCACCAUCUUUGGUCCGCACACCUUGGAGGCUUACAUGCAGCACUACACCAUGCUGGCCAGAGCCAUGCUGAGGGGAAAAGCCAUCCCGCCAGGUCCAGCCCCUCCAAAUUUACUUAAAGAUCAAAUCAGUCUUGUGCGUGAAAACGUCUACGACUCGACGCCAUUCGACUACGCCUUUGGUGAUGUGCUGGCCCAACCCUACCCGGUGGUGUACCCCGGAGAAACUGUCAUCGUCAAAUUUGUAUCGGCUCACCCACGGAACGAUCCCCUGCUGGGCGGCAGCUUCUUGACCGUCGAGCGGCAAGCCGACGAUGGCUCAUGGGAAGUCAUCGCUACUGACGCCGACUGGGAAACAAAGUACUCCUGGCAACGGACUUCAACGUUGCUGGGGACGUCAGUGGCCACGGUCAAGUGGGACGUACCAGAAGAUACCACCAACGGAACGUUCCGUAUCAGCCAUACUGGUCACGCCAAGUUCAUGGGGGGCACCAUACAGAGCUUCCUUGGCGUCACCGAACCUUUCUUUGUCGCUCUUCCUGACAGAAAUUCGACGGAGUUCAUAAACUUACCUCGGGAAAAGCCAGAUGAUACGCCAGCAACCAACAAUAUCGGAAAUUUGCUCAGCUACGUCAUGAGUUUGGUCAUGUAGAAGUGCAAGAAGUUCGCUGAAAUUGAAUUGGGUGGAGAAAACGAAUCGUCAUUUCGAUUUUCCUUCAAGUAAACAGGCAUUAAAUUUGAACGCUU